UCGCUAAAGAUUGUUGCUUUUUAUAUUUUUGUGUGACGAUUUAGCUACUUUUGUUUCUGGGAUUUUCCUGGUGUUUCACUGCAUGUAAAUAGGUGUAUUUUGUUGAAUCAUCCUAUUAAGUCUGUUGUUUCGUCUCUAAACGUACACGUACGGUAUAGAAUGCAACAUAAGUGUAUGGUGACGCUGUUAUGGAUGUUUGUGUUUUUCUUUGGCUUUGCUGCUGUUUCUCUUGAUGUUUGCCCUUUUUUUCACCCAAGUUUGUAUUAAUUUGAUGCUUAAUCUGGUUGUGAGUUAUCAGGCAUAGGUAUGUGUAUGUUUUUGUGAAAAGGCAAGUGAGUUUGUGCUUGUCGAAUCUGAUUCAUGCUGUGUGGUUUAUGGGUAUAAUAGUUACCUUAUUAAAGUGUUUCUUUUGUGCUUUACAAAAUGAUUAAUUGUUGAAAAUGAAAGGAAAGGGGCCGUUUUUCGGUAUUCUUGAGGUUAACUCAAGGCUGUCUCUUCGUUACUAGUGGACUUUUGAAUGGUAUGGCUUUAUUUUUUGCCAGAAAUUUGAUAUGCUGAGUCUUUCAUCUUAUUUCAUCAAACUAGUUUCUGCUGUUUAUUGUUGUUUGCGUUCGCUGACAUAGAGACUCUUUCUGCUUUGGUUUGUAUUUUCUGACACUGUUCAGUCGUCAUUCUUUUAGUAUUGAAGAGAGUUUUGUCGUCAUGACACUCGGUGAUGUAGAAUUCCUUGUAUGCCUAUUGUAAACAUUUUUUUUUUAAUUUUGCUUCUCGGUAAUGUAGACGCAUUUAUGAUAAGGAUGAUGUUUGGAUAAUUUUCUGAUUAUUUGUUGUUCUAACUUCUACCAUCCCCAGUAAAUUCUGCUUGCUGUGUUGAUUGUUGAUGGAACACCCCCUGGUCCUACUUGAGUGUGCACUGUGGUGGAGUCUUUAUGAAUUAUAUGUUUGGAUGUUACAGAUGCAUUAUGUGUUAUUACAUGACUCUUAUGUUGUUGGCUUUUGGAGAACUUUCCAUUGCAUUAAAUGUCUAGGCACUUGGUUUCUGCAUAAUUGGAGGUAUCAAACUUGAAGUUACUAGACAUGACUCCAAAGCAUUAGACAAGGCAAGAACGAUUACUGAUUGAUUGACCUGGGCUUUUGGUUAUGGUAUUUGAGGAGUUCUGUCAAAAUGACUAUUUUGUUGAGGUGGCUUAUCACACCACGUAUCAUAAAUAGCCCUUGAGCUGUUAUAGAAAUGGAGUUUAUUGGAUUUAUGAAUUCAAAGUAAUUUACCUACUUCCACUCCAUGCAAUAUGUGUCUUCCUCUGGGAUGGAAAAACAAAUGAAGGCUGUCCAACUUUAGCUAAAUAAUAUUCUAAUAUCUACACUUUUUUUUUUCCUCUCUCCAAAUAUCCAUUCACUCUUUCUCCAUGUUGCAUUCAGGAAGUGAAUAUCCUAAAGCUUUUACCUAUAAGACUUGACAAAACAUGGAUCAGCAAGGAAACGGACAACUUCCAGGUAUGGAGGUGGUUGGUAGCUCUGCUCAUGUGCCAUAUAGUGUUGCACCAUAUCAAACUAACCAAAUGAUGGGCCCCUCUCCUUCUGCAUCAGCUGGUCCAGUUCAAGCUCCUCAAACAGCUGGCCUUCCUGCCUCUUCUACUCAGAUGGCGCAACACCAGCUUGCCUAUCAGCACAUUCACCAGCAACAACAGCAGCAAUUGCAGCAACAGCUCCAGAACUUUUGGGCAAACCAGUACCAAGAAAUUGAGCAAGUGACUGAUUUCAAGAAUCAUAGCCUGCCAUUGGCCAGGAUCAAGAAAAUAAUGAAAGCGGAUGAAGAUGUUAGAAUGAUUUCAGCAGAAGCACCAGUUAUAUUUGCCCGGGCCUGUGAGAUGUUUAUCCUCGAGUUAACCCUGCGUGCGUGGAACCACACAGAGGAGAAUAAGAGGAGGACCCUUCAAAAAAAUGACAUUGCAGCAGCCAUCACUAGGACUGACAUAUUUGAUUUUUUGGUUGACAUAGUACCAAGAGAGGACUUGAAAGAGGAGAUGCUUGCAUCAAUCCCCAGAGGGCCCCUUCCUGUUGGAGGUCCUGCAGAGGGCGUCCCUUACUACUACAUGUCAGCCCAGUCUGCUCCACCGGUUGGAGCUCCAGGGAUGUAUAUGGGUAAACCCGUUGAUCAAGCUCUUUACGGCCAUCAGCCUCGUCCUUAUAUGCCCCAGCAGAUGUGGCCACACCAACAGCAACCACCUGCCGAUUCUUAGGCAGAAGUGAAGAAUUAUCCAACUGAGUUGUGAGAGAUUUUUCAGAUCAAGUACUGGAGACAUACCAAACUGAUAGAUGACUGCAUAGAGAGACUUUAAAAGACAGAAGAAUAUGUGUUGCACCUUUUGUUAUUCCUAAGUUAUGUAACUAAAUUCUGCACAAAUUCAGUUUUAAGGCUUUAGUAGUGUUAACUAUGUACUAGUUAAGUUAGAUUGUCAUGGCUUGCGGCUAAUAACAUGUACCAGCCUGUUUGGGCUGCCUACUGUCCAUGUUUUCCAGAUUUGUGACUGAUCUGUCUAGUUUGUCGGUGUAUCUUUCAA